GCUCUCCCCUUCCUCUCCCAUCGUCUUCCCCGAAUAGCCUUUAAUCCUCCUUUCCACCUCACAAAACAGAGCAAAAGCAGGGCAAGACAUGAAGAACAUGUAAAAGGAGGAAAGACGAUCUGAAACUCAUUUUCAGUGUGGUUGGGGGUUGCUCUUCCUGUUAGAGUGAUGCGUGCUGGAGCUUGCACAAUUCAGCAGGCCCUCACAGCCGAGGCGGCCUCCAUUCUCAAGCAUUCCCUUAACCUCGCUCGCCGGCGCGGCCAUGCUCAGGUCACUCCUCUUCAUGUCGCCGCAACUCUCCUCAACUCCUCCUACUCUGCUUCCUCCCUCCUCCGUCGUGCCUGCAUCCGUUCACAUCCCCAACAUCCCACUUCCCUCCCUCUCCAAUGCCGAGCUCUCGAGCUCUGCUUCAACGUCGCGCUAAACCGCCUUCCUACAUCCCCUCCCCCUUCAUCUUCCUCCUCUCUCCUCCACUCCCAUCCCUCUCUUUCCAAUGCCCUCAUUGCUGCUCUCAAACGAGCUCAGGCUCACCAAAGACGAGGCUGCAUUGAGAGCCAGAACCAGCAUUCGCAUCAAACCCAGCAGCAAAACAACCAGCCACUGCUUGCCAUCAAGGUUGAGCUCGAACAGCUCAUCAUCUCCAUUCUGGACGACCCGAGUGUCAGCAGAGUCAUGAGAGAGGCAGGCUUUUCCAGCAUCAGCGUUAAACAAAACCUUGAAGAGGAUUCCUCCUCAGGCUUCGGAUUGGCAGUAUCCACCCAAUCUCAGUCCUUAGUUUUCGACAACAGCAGUGUUUUCCUGCCAACUCACUUAAUGAAAACGGUAGAGAAGAAGGAAGAUGUAAGAUUGGUUUUAGAAGUAAUGAUGAGAAGAAAGCAGAGGUGUGGCAACGCCGUGGUGGUAGGAGACUCUGGUUCCAUAGCUGAGGGAGUUAUGGAUGAGUUAUUGCAGAGGUUGGACAGAGGAGAGGUGCCGGAAGAGUUGAGAGGAGCUCAGGUAAUUAAGCUUCAGCUCAGUUAUGUGCAUCUCAGGCUUUUGAGCAAAGUUGAUGUUGAGAUGAAGAUUUCUGAUCUUAGAAGAAGGGUCCUCUCUUCUUUAGAAAAAGGAGUUGUUGUCUAUGCAGGGGACUUGAGAUGGGCAGUUGGUGAUGACGGUAGAGCUUGGGAGAGUUUAGCGGGGUUUAGACCAGUGGAAUAUUUGAUAUCAGAGGUUGGAAGGCUUCUAUCGGAGAUAAAAAAUGGUCUCAAUGGAGUGGGAGGAGAAAGAGGAAGGGUUUGGGUGUUAGCUUUUUCUAGCUAUAAGACUUACAUGAGAUGUAAGCUGAUUAAACCAUUGCUUGAGUCUCAGUGGGAUCUUCAGGCUGUACUGGUUCCUUCUGGUGGCCUUGCAUUGAGUCUCCAAGCCCCUUGUAGCAUGGACUCAGUGGUGUCAAAACUCAAGCAGUAUCACUUACAGAUGUUGGAUCCUAGAGAUUCUAAUGCUGAGGAAGAGGAAGAGAAGUUUCUUUGCUGUGCUGAAUGCUUCACAAAUUAUGAGAAAGAGGUGGCCUCAGUUUUAAAAUCUGAGGCUAAAGAUGCCAUUACUGGAAAUACCAAGUUGCCAUGUUGGCUCCAAAGCCAAAUACCAGAGAAGCCUCAUAAGACUAACUUUCUUGAAUUGAGGAAGAAAUGGAAGAGACUCUGCCAGAAUCUUCACCAGUCUAGAAUCAGCAUUGCUCAAGCGCAUCCUUCUUUCAUCAGCAAAGCAUAUGCUUCAUCGCAUCCAUGGCCGUCAAAUAGCCUGCCUUCAACCAAUAGCCUGUUAAGCAUUGAACCUAGCUCAAUGUCAUUCCCAGCUCAUAGCAAAAGGAGCCCAAAGCAAUGGCCGUCAGAAUCAAACCCAAAGUCAUCGAAGAAACUAAUCAUGACCACUCUUGCACUCUGCAACCAUCUUUGCUCUGAUUCUGCAACAUCAAAUGAUCAUAUAAAGCCAUCUCCUGUAAGUCCAAGAGGAUUAACCCAGAAGAUCCAGGAGAACAUUCCAUGGCAGUCUGAGCAUAUUCAUUUGGUUGUAGAUGCACUGCUCGAUUGCAGAUCGAGUGAGAAGAAGGAGACUUGUAUAGUGAUUCAUGGGAAUGAUCGGAUUGCCAAGAAGCGUUUGGUUCGUUUAGUAGCUGACUCAUUCUUCGGAUCCACUGAAAGCGUUCUACACAUUAAUAUGAAAAGAUCAACAGGUGCAGCAAUCGAUCUAAUCAAAGCUGCACUAGUAAAGGAACCUAAAGCUGUUGUUCUGAUUGACGACAUUGAUUGCACCGCUCCUGAGUUUGUCAAAUUGAUCCAAAAUGGAAUCAAAGAUGGAUAUUUUAAGGAUUCAUGUGGAAGAAAGGUAGGUUUGCCUAGUCUGAUGUUUAUAUUGACAAGUUCUGCAUCAAAGGAGACUGAACCGGUGGAAGGAGAUGGCUGUGACAAAGUUAUUAGAAUGAGGAUGUGGACAGAUGGGGAAGAGGAACAUCAACAGCAGUCUAAUGAGAAGAGAAAGAGUGAGUGGAAUCAAACAAGAGAAAAGAAGCAGCCGAGAACUUCAGAUGGUGAUGAACUGGAUCUUAAUGUAGCCAUAACCAGUAAUGAUGAUGGUAAUGAUGAUUGUGGCCUGAGUGAUCUCACGAACGAUGCCAGUCAAGUUGGCAACGAGGUUCAGCUCCCUGCAAAAACUGUCUUAAAUUUUGAUAUUAACACGGAUGUGUUUGGCAAAAUUGUAGAGAGAUUCACGGUCAGGCUUCAACGGGCAUUUGAAGAAGUGGUUGCCGGAAAUAGAGAGAAGGAAACGCUGGUGGUAGACCCUGCGUUGGCGGAAGAGCUGGCCACGGCUUCCGGGUAUUUUUUGGAGUUCGAGUUUGAUAAGUGGGUAAGGGAGGUUUUUCAAAAUUGUAUUCCAACGGUCAAAAAGGGCGGUAAGGUAAGAUUGGGUAUGGAGGGCAGAGUAGAGAAUAGGCUGGAGUUAGGAUUUCUGGGCUCGACUCUCCCAAUGAAAAUCUCUGUUGAUUGAGCCCUAUAUGUAACAUGUGAUGUCCAAAUAUGCCACCGAGUAUUUUUGUUUUGUAUUGUUGAUUUUAUUAAUUUAGCUAAAAUGCACUUUCAUUGUACAAAUAUCAAAUCGGUCUCCAUAUUCUUUUAAUAUGUGCCGAAAUGGA